AUGCCGUUUGCGGAUGUGAAUGAGAUAUUUUCCUAUGAUGAAGCUCUUCAGAUUGAGACGUGGACUGGUCUACAUUACGACACGAUUAUAUUUGACUCUGAUAUAGAUUCCUGGAAGACAAAUCAACUUUUUGGGCAGCGUGUAUUUACAAAAAAGAACUUAGCGGUGAUCACCGAAGACACCAAUGGCAAUCGCUUUGGAGGGUUUGUCAGUAGUCCAAUAGCAAAGCGCAACUUCUACACGGAAGACCCGGGUGCGUUUAUGUUCUCAUUACGUUCAAAUGGGCGAUUGGAAGGGAUGUGUCGAUUCCCUAUAUUCGAAGGUGAAAAGGGAAGAGCAUUUGAGUUGUAUGAUGAUGGGCAGGACUAUCUCUUUGCUUUUGGUAAUGAGAUGAGUAUUUGGGUCGAAGAUAAAAAGACGAUGGCUUGGUGCGAUCAACAUUGGUACAACUAUGGCGGAAGACUUAACUGUUUGUCUGGUUCACAUUUCCCAACUCGAUUCACCCCUAAAAAUUUCGUUGUCGCUCAAUUCGUGUGA